GCGAGAUCACUGGUUUUCAAUACCGGGCGUCCAUAAAAAUGAGAGAUUUUGUGUGGUGUAUGUAAUUUUAAAAUCUCUUAUAUUCAUUUCCGUGCGCUAUUCUGAAAGCUGUCAAAUUCGACCUGCCUUUUGCUUCUGUCACUGGGCACCGUGUUGAAAAUUACAUUAUGUGUACCUAUCUACGUUAUAUUUGUUACAAGUAAUCAAUACAAGAGACAAAAAAACAUUGUGCACCAGCGCAUGUUUUCAACUGCAUGUUUCUUUGGCGGAGAUAACUGGCUGGCACUGCGUGGGCCAGAUAGUACUGGUCAGGUGCUGGGACAGUGCAAUCUGCCAAAAUAAGGGGUCGAUCGUGUUCGUUGUGUAUAGCUGACGUUGGUUGACGUAUGUAGUUGACUGCAAUUUGACUGACAGUAGUUUGCGUUUCCAGUCAUUGGCACGAAAGCUGGACUCAGUUGCUUUCAAGGGCUGUUUACUGACUUUAAAUAAUGCUCUUAAUUCGUCGUAUAUGACGAACUUUGUAAAAUAACCUACCUAGUAAAAUUUGUUCAUACUGAUCGUAUAAUCGCGCGUGAAAGGCAAGUGAAUACGUUAUUGUUGUAUGGUAUUUUUGCGUAUUGUGUGUGCAUUCUAUGACAAGAUUGUGACGUAAUAGUCCAUUAUUGUUUGUUGAUCAAAUUAAAUGGAUCAGAUGAAACUUAUGAAAUGAAACCCUUUAAUUCAUCAUUAGUAAAUAUGAAGAAGUAAGGCCAUGGCAUAUAUAUUAAAUUACCUAUCAAUCUAUCUAUUUGAUCAUGGACGACUGUAAAUGCAGUACUGUCAGAAUUCCCAUCGAAGAGGAAGUGUCAGAUGUGGAGAUGCAGUCCACCUGCCAAAGACUGUUAUGAAUAUUGUGAAUGAUGGAGUGCCAUGACAACAACAAAGACCUCCCCAAUGUGCCCCCAUCACUUGAGCUCAUAAUAUGUCAUCAGAAACAGAGAUUCAACUGGGAUUGUGGAGUGUCAUGUGUGCAAAUGGUAUUGUCCCCAGAUUUACGGACUGAACUUCAUAAUAAUUUCAAUGAAGUGUGUAGGGAAGAAGGAUUCAAUAAAAGCACUUGGACAAUUGAUUUGUGCUACCUGCUGCUGCGAUAUGGUGUGAAACAUUGUUUUUGCACUAUUACUUUGGGUAUAAAUCCUGGAUAUGAAACUCAGUCCUUUUAUUCCAAAGUUUUGCGAAAGGAUGAAAGGAGAGUUAUGCAGAGAUUUUCAGAAGCUAAAGAGAGAGGUCUUGAUGUACAAGAAAAAUCUCUGACCCAUUUGGAACUGAUACAGCAUCUAGCUUUAAAUGGACCUAUCAUUCUACUGACAAAUUCAAGUUUGUUAGCAUGUGAAACUUGCAAAUCAAUGAAACUUUUAUCUGAACUAAGGCAUUGGCUUCCAUGGAGUGUGAAUUACAAUGGGAUAUGCUGCAUGUCGUUCACAGCAAUGGAUGAAGCUCGUUGUAGCUAUGGUACUGACGAAGAUGUUAUAUUGAUAUAUUCCAACAAUUUUGGAAGAAAAGUUUCUUAGAUGAAUGCUGACUGUGCCUUGAAGUUCGGUGCUUUGUAUCUGAUAAUUGCUCUGUCUUGCCUUUUCUUAUUCUUUUAAGUUUCUUGAGAAUCACCAUUUUGUAUCUUGGUGGAAUCCUUGUACAUGUUUCUAUGUCUGAUGACCAUGAAUUUGAUGUAUAUAAAUACAUGUGAUAAAACAUAAUUCUGAAUUUUCCUCAAUUCCGCAUAAUCCU